GUGGUCCACCGAACGAUGUUGUUUAUGAUUUGUCAUUUUACCAACAUCAUAAUAUCAACGACCCUUCGAGUGCAAUACCAAACAAUACAUUAUGAAGGCGAUUUUGAAAAGAAACGUGGUAACGUUCAACCAUGGGUGUCUUUACCGAGUCCAGUACCUUUGACGCUGUUGCAAUUUUGGUCACAAUCAUUGUUGGAAUAAUAGCAUACUGCAAAUGGAAAUUAUCAUACUGGGAUAAAAUGGGUUUACCAACUUUAACACCAACAUUGCCUUUCGGCAAUACGAAAGAUCUACUUCUUGGACGAAAAACAUUCGGUGAACAAUUCCGUGACUUAUAUAGAACACUCAAACAAAAAGGAUACAGAAAACACGCUGGUGUCUAUCUUGGAAUCAAGCCAUUCUAUGUCACGAUUGACCCAGAACUUAUAAAACACAUCAUGCAAAAAGAUUUUCAACAUUUUGUCAACCACGGCUUCUAUAUUAACGAAGAAAAUGAUCCUCUAACCGGACAUCUAUUUAACCUCGAAGAUGCGAAGUGGCGAACCAUGAGAGUGAAGCUCACACCAACAUUUACUUCUGGGAAGAUCAAAAUGAUGUUCCAAACGUUAGCCGACUGCAGUGUCGGUCUAAAAGACAUUAUGGACGAAUCGGCAAGUAACCAUGCUCCUGUAGAUAUUAAAGAAAUAUUGGGUCGCUUCACCACAGAUAUCAUUGGAUCGGUAGCUUUUGGUUUAGAAUGUAACAGUCUUAAGGAUCCCGAUGCAGAAUUUAGAAAAUAUGGUAGGCGUGUUUUUGAAGUGACUAACAUGGAACGAAUCAAAGCUUUAAUACAAUUUGCCGUACCUCAUAGAAUUCUAGACGCUAUAAAAUUUAAAACCACCAAACCAGAUGUGGAAAAAUUUUUCAUGAAAGUUGUUCUGGACACUGUAAAUUACAGAGAAAAGAAUAAUCUUUAUCGGAAAGAUUUUAUGCACCUACUCUUGCAGUUGAAAAAUCGGGGAGCCGUCACAGAAGAUGAAAAAAUAAAAGAUGACAAUGGAAAGACCACAGAAAAAGCUCUGACUAUGAACGAACUUACGGCGCAAGCUUUUGUCUUCUUUUUAGCUGGUUUUGAGACAUCAUCUACCACAAUGACAUUUGCGUUAUACGAGCUUGCAACUAGUCCAGAUGUACAAGAAAAACUCCGAGAAGAAAUUAACACGGUACUGGAUAAACACAACAAUAAACUAACAUACGAUGGACUUAUGGAGAUGACUUACAUGGAUAAAGUAUUAAACGAAACCUUAAGAAAGCACCCACCCGUUCCAAUGUUGAACAGACGAUGUACAAAAAAUUAUACAAUUCCUGGCACAUCUAUCGUUAUUAAAAAAGGAAUAGAUAUUGUGAUUCCUGUUUUGGGACUUCAUACAGAUCCAGAAUAUUAUCCAAAUCCAGAAAAAUUCGACCCUGAAAGAUUUUCUGAAGAACUCAAACACUCCAGACCAGCAUAUACUUGGAUUCCGUUUGGCGAAGGACCCAGAAUAUGUAUAGGUAUGCGAUUCGGAUUAUUACAAAGUAAAGUAGGUUUGGCUACUCUUUUGAAAAACUACAAAAUUACAUUAAGCAAGAAAACGGUACUGCCACUCAAGCUAGACAAAAACUCUUUUGUUACAACCGCCGCUGGAGGCAUUUGGAUAGAUGUUGAGAAGUUAGAUUAAAGACAAUCUUCAAGUUCCGAGAAAACAAUUUAAAUGUUAUCUGGCAGAAACAAGCUUUUGUCAUUUUUUUCACACUAUAAUGUUGUUAUCGGUGCAAAUAUUUCCAAAUUCUAAUGUUAAGUAUGGCUUAGAAACAAUAAAUAACGAGUUUCAUAUUCUA